UCAACCUUCAAGAUCUCAGAUGCCUUUAUCCGAAAUUUCUCCUAUUAUUACUAUGUUUUUGACAGUUACUGGCGCGCAAUUGUCUGAUGAAUGCUCGGGUAACAUGGGUUGCUAUCCUAAUGAACUUGAAAUUGAUAAAAACCUUGCAUUAUAUCAUAAUAUACACGCUGAAGAAAAACAUGAAGAAUUUACUAACCUUCAUA